UGCGCAGGCUGACGUGUAUACACUAAAUCGGCCGUCACGUGGACGAUCAACUAUAUAUUUGUACUGCAUAAUUAGUGAUAUUAUAUUUUGCGAUAACAUCAUAGCAAGACCAGCGGCACUAUUGACCAAGGAGUGAGGUGUCAGUGACAACGUUUACCUGAUGACGACUAAUUCGGGUCGGUGUAUAUCUUUACUCUGGCCUUCCAGCUGUGUGAUAAAUGCUAGUUAAGCGUAGCAUCUGACAGUAGUCUGGUUUAGACGCUAUUUGAUAUGUAGCAGGUCAACAAACAAGUGUCCUGCAGUAGAAACAACGCUGAAUAUACUUCGGAAUUGAAUUGCUUGUUUGUUUUCAUGAUUUCUGAAAUCUAGAACGACAUGUUAACUUGAUUACCAAACAUAGCGUGGACUAAUGAUUGUGACAACAAUCUUCCGGACAACUAGUGUUAAUGUGACAUGCCCAUAGAGUGAUAGUAAACUGGUGAAUGCGACAACAAUCUUUUUCACGAUGGACACCAAUGCUUCCAUGAAUGUGCCGCCUUUAUCUGUGAUUGAGUUCCAGGAUUAUAUUGAAAACGAUAUACCUGUGUCUGUGUACCUCGCAAUUCUCAGCAUCAUUGGAACUAUUGGCAAUGCGCACGCAAUAUUUGUUUACUUUUUACGGUACAAAUCAUCAAAUCACAGGACAUUUGUAGUUUGGUUAGCGGUUGUUGAUUUCAUAGCGUGUUGCUUUAGUAUUCCCUUUGAACUCUUUGACAUCCGGUUCAGCUGCACGUUCACCAUAGACGGUUUAUGUCGAUUCUUCAGGUAUUUGAACCAUUUUGUAAGUAUAUGCAGCGGUUCACUUCUGGGUGUCAUAGCGGUAGAACGAUUCCGAAAGGCGUGUAGACCAUUUGACCGACAAUUAGAAGGAAAUGGCGCCAUGAUUGCCUGUGUGGUAACUGUUGCGGUAUCUGCUGUUAUAUCUACCCCUGCUCUAGUGAUGUACGGCGUUCAGAUCGAGAUAGUCGACGAUCGGUACGGCAUAAACGGUACAGACUGUAAAGUUCUAGACACAUUCAAAGACAGUAUAGUUUAUAAAGGGUUCAACUUGUUAUUGUUGUUGAUAUGUACCAUUGUUUUCAUUGUGUGUGUCAUUAUUUAUAUAUUUAUUGGGCGUGUGCUAUAUCAACAAUAUAAGUUCAGAACCUCUCUUCAAAUUAGGAAAUCUAUUCCUACUGUGUCAGACAAACAAUCUGUGUCAUCUGAUGUUAACCACACCGUGCACGAGGACGAAUCAAGCUUGGGGAACACUGCGAUGACAAGGACAAGGGUUUUCAAUCAAAAUGGAGAUCAAACAUUGAAAGUGAAACAAAAAAACCCUAAAAGGUUCGAUAGAAGCAAACAAAUCACGUUUAUGUUCCUGGUAGCGACUGGUGUGUCGUAUUUGGGUUAUCUCCCUUAUUUAGCUCUAACAAUCAUCAAAGCAGUUACAAAGAACUUCAGUGUAGUUAUUAAUAGUGUUUUGGGUCCAUUCGAUGACAUCUUGUUGAGAGGGUACUUCAUCAGUAAUGUCACAAACCCACUAGUGUACUGUUUCCUUGAUGACAAGUUCCGUGGCGAAUGUAAGAUGUUAUAUAAAGCAUUAUGGGCACGCAUAGGGAAGUGUUGCAAGCGUUCAUAAUCUAAACGAUAGUUUUCGGUGGAUUAAGUUCGGAGUGUGGUAUUCAUGUAAACCCAACAAUCCGAUCGUGUUCACCAAUUGCGUGAUUGUCCAGAGAAGUGUUUAUAACAUGUGGAUCAUAGUGUAUGUGAUUGCGUGAAUGCUGUCCGAAUAUAAUUUUUGUUCAAAUCCGAAAAUAGCGUAAUACAAUUUAUAGAUAGAUAUUUUUUAUAUCUUUUUACAUACUUCUAUACCGAUGUCACAAUGUAUAUGUAACUUUUGCAAAACAUCGGUAGUCUUGGUGUUAUCUCACCAGUUGGAGACCUUACUGGUGCAGUAUCCAUAUGUUUUAGCUAAUUAUGUACUUGAGCUAAUGCCAAAAGUAUUUCCACUCGUUGGUUGAGGCAGAAGGUCAAUAAUUAUAUAGAAGUAUUAAGAGUUGUGCAUGUAAAUAUAAUCACAUUUGACCUUAUCAGUGCAGGCCCAAAAUGAAUAUUGGUAGCCCAAAUAUUUCACUAAGAUUAUUUGCAGUGUUGAGCAAUAAAAAUGCCAAUAAA